AUGUCGGACCAUACGAUGCAUGAGGACCCCGAAAAAGAAACGCAUACCUCCAUGAAGGAUGAAAGCUCCAGUGACCGUGCUGUCUCGUCAGUACUGGAGACGGAAAAAGAACAUACAUUAGUGCAGACUGCGACAGCAGAGCCCGAUUCAUUGCACCCAGUCGAGGCUGUCAACACACGGGAAGAUGGCACAGAAUACCCCACCGGGGUAAAACUGUCAUUGAUUUCACUGGCGUUGUGUUUGAGUGUGUUCCUAGUGGCGCUUGACAACAGUAUCAUCGCCACGGCUAUUCCCAAAAUCACGGAUAAAUUCCACAGCUUGGAAGAUGUGGGCUGGUACGGUAGUGCCUAUCUUCUCACCACCGCUUCUCUUCAGCUUCUCUUUGGAAAGUUCUACACCUUUUUCAGUAUCAAAUGGGUUUUCCUCAGCGCAAUCGGUAUCUUCGAGUUGGGAAGUUUGAUUUGCGGAGUGGCAAACAGCAGUUUGACCCUGAUUAUCGGCCGUGCCGUAGCUGGUAUUGGUUCGGCGGGAAUUUUUUCGGGUGCGCUGAUUAUCUUGGCUCAUUCGGUGGCUCUUGAGAAGCGUCCCAUGUACAGCGGCUUCAUUGGCAGUAUGUAUGGUAUUGCUUCAGUUGCAGGUCCCCUUUUGGGAGGUGUCUUCACUGAUAAAGUAUCGUGGCGUUGGUGUUUCUACAUCAACUUGCCCAUCGGUGCCAUCACCGUCGUGGUGAUUGCUUUCUUCUUCCCUGCUCCGAACCGCCAGGUCAAAGACACAACAUGGUCAGAGCGAAUCAGAAAGUUCGAUCCUCUGGGCACAUCGCUUUUCCUCCCUGCUAUCAUUUGCCUGCUACUGGCCCUGCAAUGGGGUGGCACGACCUAUCCUUGGAGCAACUGGCGCAUCAUCCUGCUAUUUUGCUUCUUUGGUGUUUUGAUCUUGCUCUUUGUGGCUUCACAAUGGAAACAGCAAGAAUAUGCCACCGUGCCCCCUCGCAUCUUCUUCAAGCGUACUGUGUGGUCUUCUGCCUUCUUCAGCUUCUGCCUGGGCGCAGCAUUCCUCUGCUCUGUCUACUUCUUGCCUAUUUGGUUCCAGGCCGUCAAGGGCGCCAGUGCCGUCCACUCAGGUAUCAUGAAUCUGCCCAUGCUGAUCGCAGUUGUGCUGUUAUCUGUUCUGUCGGGCAUUGUCGUUACCAUUGUCGGUUAUUACGCACCUUUUAUGAUUCUCGGUACGGUCAUGAUCUCCAUUGGCUAUGGUCUCAUGACCAAAUUCCACCCGGAUACCUCCAGUCCCAUCUGGAUCGGAUACCAGAUCAUUGCCGGUGCUGGCGUCGGAUUCGGUAUGCAGCAACCUAUGAUCUCCGUUCAGGUUGUCCUCGACAUUGUCGACGUGCCUACCGGUACUGCCAUCAUUGUUUUCGCCCAGACCCUUGGUGGGGCUCUCUUUGUUUCGAUUGGAAAUAACGUCUUUAGCAACAAGUUGAGGGAAUAUCUCGCUGAAUAUGCUCCCACUUUGGACCCAGCACUGAUCGUCCGAACCGGUGCUACUAGUGUUCAGAGUGUUGUCAGCAAGGCAGACCUCCCGGGUCUUCUUCUUGCCUACAACGAUGCCAUCACGCAGGUAUUCAUGGUAUGCGCCGCUGUGUCCGCCUUGAGUGUCAUUGGUGCCGUAGUUGUGGAGUGGAAGAGUGUUAAAGGCAAGAAUCUUGCCGCCGGAGGAGCCGCAUAA